GGCGAUAGACAUUUCUGUCUCUUCAAAGAUCACGUCCUCGUUCAUUUGAGUUCAUUAUUUCCAGUACCUCUUCGUCGAAUCUUUAGUCGAAAGUCUAUAAUCCAUACUCAGCCAACCGACAAGAUGCUUCCUCAGCACGUUCUCCUCGCUCUCGUCGCGGCUGUCGCUGCCGUCCCGCUUAACAUCAACUUGGGCGCCUACUCUCCUGCCCUGGUAGUCGGUGAUGGUGAAAUCUCGCUGGGAUCUGCGGGAUCGGCCUCGGAAUUGAUGGCAACUCUCGCCUCGGGCGCGGCCGAGAACGGCAACGGACAACAAGGUCAGCAACAAGAGCAACAGCAAGAGCAGCCGGAAGGCGAAGGCGAACAAGAGCAAGAACAACCCGCUGAGGAAAACGCAGCCAAACGAUCACUCAUCGAAACCCUCGACCACCUCCGCAAGCGCUCCCCGGAGCCCGCAAACGACCACCUCGCCGCCAUGGAGGACGCCGUGGCUUGGAUCAAGCGCGACAUCGAGGGCUUCCGUGAGGCCUUGGGCUACGCCCGCGAGGCCCAGAAGGACCAGCCUAAGGUCGAACUCGGAACCGGCGAGGAGGGCUCUGGUGUCGGUAUCAUCGUCAACCCCGGUCUCAACGUCCCUGCCAACUCUGCUGCGAACGGUGCACCUGCUCAGGGCGAGAGGAAAGCGAAGCGUAGCGAGGUUGUUGCUGAGGAGUCUGAGGCACCCAAGAUGACUCUCGUUGCCAUCACUGAGGUCUGAAGAGCGCUGCGUUGAUACCCAUUCAAGAGUUCUCGCGCAAGCCGACCCACGCGUGUCUGGGGAGGCUUGGGGGCGAAUCGAACAAACGUUUUCCUUUCUUUGUCGGACUUUUGGCUGUACUAUGACAAUAUUACGGAACGCAACACGGGAGUAACUUCUACUUUAUGCGAGGCGCGAUUCACGGCGACUGGAGCUGGUGGUAGAAAAUAUAGAAUUCAAUGGACGUCUACGUGAUCAAAA